AUGAUUAAUGAAAAUGGUAGAAGGAACAUGAUUGUUGGUUCAAUAAAUUUGGAUGAAAUACUUAGGGAUAAUAAAAAACUUAAUAACAUACCUGAAGUAAAUGGAAGUGAUAAUGGUAAUAACGGUGUAAGUGAUGAUGCGAAAACCAGUAUUAAUGCUAAAGCAGCAAUGAAAAUAAUGAUUACACCUAUAACUGUGAAUAUUGAAAUUACAACAAGAAAAGGAAUAAAUAAUAUGAAGUUAAUCGGAUAUAAUCAUAAAGCUAAAUCUGGGUGGAAUUGA